AUGCAGCUGUCGCUGGCUCAACUGUCCUUCUCUGGGACAUUCCUUUUGCUGGCAAUGUCAAAUCUGCUUCUUUGGGAGCAUGUGUCCUCCUCACCGAGUCCCCGUUUGUCCACUGGAAGCCUAUACCAACGUGUGGUUGAACUAUCUCACUACACCCACGAUCUGGCCUCAAAAGUCUUCACUGACUUCAAUAUGAAGUUUGGUAGGAGUGUUUGGAAACAGAGCCGGAUGAUAAGCACAUGCCACACUGCUGCUAUCCCUGCUCCAGAAAACAGAGAACAAGUCCACCAAACAAAAUCGGAAGACCUUCUGAAAGUGACCAUCAGUAUUCUACAAGCCUGGGAAGAUCCUCUGAAGCACAUGGCAGUUGCAGUGGCUGCGCUUCCGGAUGCACCUGAUGUUAUGAUAUCAAGAACCAAGGAAUUGGAGGAACGAAUUCUAGGCCUUCUGGAGGGAUUACAGACCAUACUCAGCAGGAUUCAGCCUGGAGCUGUUGAAAAUGAAAACAGUUUCUGGUAUGGAUGGUCAGAUUUGCAGUCGUCUAAUGAAGACACUCGUAACAUCGCUUUUUACACCCUGGGCCGCUGCGUGCGCAGGGAUACACAUAAAGUUGACAACUUUCUCAAGGUCUUGAAGUGCCGAGAUGUUCAUAACAACAACUGCUGA